UUAGACGAGACAACAUAUAAAUAAAUUAUAAAAGGUUAGAGUCAAUCCUCACGGCUUUAACCAAGAAACUUGAAUACAUUAUAAUUCCUUACAAAUGGCUAGCAACAUUGCUAAAAGAUGGAAAAUUCUUAGUGGUGAGAGUGAGUGGAAAGGUCUUCUGAGUCCUAAUCUGGAUGUUGAUCUCCGCCACUACAUCAUUCACUAUGGUGAGAGGGUUCAAGCAGUUUAUGAUGCCACCAUCGAUGAGACAAAAUCUAAGAAUGUGGGACUUCCUCGAUAUAAAGAGAGAAAUCUCUUUGCAAAGGUGGGUUUGGAGAUUGCAAAUCCAUACAAGUACGAGGUGAAGAAAUAUUUCUAUGGAUCAACCAAGGGAAUAGUGUUAAAUCACACAAUUAAUGGAUCCGAGAGGAACUCAAAUUGGCUGGGCUUCAUUGCAGUGGCGACAGAUGAAGGGAGCAAGUAUUUGGGGAGAAGGGAUAUUCUGAUUUCAUGGAGAGGUACCCUUCUAAAAUCAGAGUGGCUUAUUGAUACUAUCAGCGGUUUAGUUCCAGCUUCUGAUAUACUUGGAUGGCAAAAUAACCCUAUGGUUCAUGGAGGUUGGUAUUCAUAUUACACCUCCUACGAUGGGUCAAAGUAUAACUCUAGUAGUUGCAGAAACCAGAUUCUAGCUAUGGUCAGAGAAUUGGUGGAGCAAUACAAGGAAGAGGAGAUGAGCAUCACAGUAACAGGCCACAGCAUGGGAGCUUCACUGGCAACCUUAAAUGCAACAGACAUUGUUUACAAUGGAUAUAACAAGCCCAAAGACCACCCAAACAAAGCAUGUCCAGUGACUGCCAUUGUAUUUGCAAGCCCUCGACUUGGAGAUUAUGGCUUUAGCAAGGUAUUCUAUAGCCUUGAUAAGCUCCACGCAUUGCGAGUGAGGAAUAAGUAUGACGUUGUCCCUGAUUCACCAAACAAUUUUAAUUACGUCCAUGUUGGAAAAGAGUUAAUCAUAGACACCCAAAAGUCUCCGUACUUGAAGAUUAAUCACAAUGAGUUGUACCAUGUCUUGGAGGUUUACUUGCAUGGUGUUGCAGGAACGCAAGGCAAAGAUGGAUUAGGAGGAUUUAAGUGGGAAGCGGAAAGAGAUUUGGCACUCAUAAACAAAAGGUCAGAUGGUUUAAAGGAUGAAUAUCGUGUUAUUGGUAAUUGAUGGAUUGAGAAAAACAAGUCAAUGAUUCAAAAGGAGGAUGGGAAUUGGGUGCUGAAGGAUUGUGACAUAGAUGACAACGAUGAUAAUUGAACUUGGUGAUGAUGCUUGAAGUGUAGUGUUUAAAUGUUCUCAAUGGCCAUGAAAAUUCAAAAUACUAUAUACUACACAAGCAUUAUAAGGUUUCCCAAUUGUGAUUCAGUUUUCAUGAACAUGUAUUGAUCUUCAAUAAAUUUCUAAUUAACUAAUAAAAACUAAAAUAAAAAUCAAGAAGAAUA